CGCCAUUUGGAAUCUCACCUCGUAACCGUAAACGGGCAGUGAGAAUCUCUCACGAAAAAUACAAUACAAAAAAAAACAAUACCGUCCGCAUAUCCGGCGUGCAGCGAGUUGGUUUACUCCCCCCAAAGUUGUCUGGUUGUUGGGAUAAAAAUCAUCGGGCUCAUUAUAGAUAACAGUUGUCCGCCAAUGGCCAAGUGAUCGGUGUCAACAGAAACGUUGCGAAUGUUAUUCGUUCGAGUUGUGGCCUAAGUGAGAAUAUAUAAGGUGUUUUCAACCGACGUCAAAGCCGACCAUUAAUGGCUGCAAUGGCUACGCACUCUUUGUAAUUUCUGAAUAGAACUCCGUGAGAAUUGAAAUUUACUGAAUACAAUUUCGCCAAAAAUCAGUGAGCAUUGGUUAAGAAUUAUGGAAUUGGUGUGUAUGAGUGAAUUUAUCAGUAAAUGUACGGGAGAAUGUUCAACAAGUAAAUAGGAAGAAAAACAAGUUUAGGUUGCUCCAGCAACAACGGCGGUAUUGUAGGAUGUCGACUGCUUCCUCUGAAGCGUUCCCUCUCCAUUAUUUAUCACGAAAGACUGGUCACCUUAUCCUAUGUGUUAUCAUUGUGCUCCUAAAUCAUUCGAAAUGUGCAAGUGGCAAUUAUGGAGAUCAAUUGGAACUAAAUGGAAAACAGGAUGUUCAGUGUCCAGUGGAGUGUGCGUGUCUCGGUAAUACUGUUGUUUGCAGUGGAUUGCAGUUGAUAGCUCCUCCCAAUGGAUUACCACCGUGGACCGAGAUUCUGGAGCUCAAGGAAAACAGCAUGACCAAUUUGGAAUCUGAUGCCUUCCUACAUCUUCACAAAUUACGUGAAUUAGAUAUAAGCUCCAACAAGCUGCACAACAAUUUUACAAUAAAACUACCUGAAUCUUCGCCAUUGACUAGUCUCAAGGUCAACAAAAACUCACUGGACCGAAUACCGGAUUUGGGCUCCCUCAAAAACCUGACUCAUUUGUCACUUUCACAUAACGAUAUUAAUUCUGUAAAUGGUAUGACACUGAAGAAAUUGGAGGACCUCCAGAGUCUCGAUCUAGCAGGAAAUAGAAUAAAGGUGUUGAGGCGAGGAUCAUUUCACGCUGGCAAUCACCUCGUGAAGAUAAAUCUGAAUAUUAAUCAGUUGGAGGAGAUAGAAGUCGGCGCCUUUGAUAAUUUAACACUUCUCGAGGAAUUGAGGAUUAACAAGAACGGUUUGACUGCCCUCAACAAACCCGUUUUCUCGAAUCUCGGGAAUCUUAAAAUUCUGGAGUUAAACCGAAACGAAUUGCAACAGAUUCCAGGCCUCUGUCUGAAGAAUUUAACGAAUCUCCAAGAACUGAGAUUAAAGAGGAAUAAAAUCGACACGAUUGACGAUGGUGCGUUUUGGCCUCUGAAAAAUCUCUUGACUCUCCAAUUGGACUUUAAUGCCCUAACCGUAGUCAGGAAAGGAGCCCUAUUUGGACUGGAUGGUCUUCGGAAACUCACUCUGUCUCACAACAAGAUCUCCACCAUCGAACCCCAGGCCUGGGAGCAAUGCAAGCAAAUACAGGAGUUAGAUCUCUCCAACAAUAAAUUAGUGUCGAUCGAAAGAGGAACCUUUGAGUACCUGAUGAACCUUGAGCGAUUAAAGAUCGAUCACAACAAGAUCUCCUUCAUCUCAGAAGGGGCCUUUGGCAAUGCUCCACAUCUUCGCACUCUAGAUCUAAAUAACAAUAAAAUAUCAGACAUGAUUGAGGAUAUAUCAGGUGCAACUGGUGCCUUCGUCUACCUAAAUGAGUUAUCUCGCCUCGGACUGGCCUUUAAUCACAUAAAAUCGAUAAAUCGAAAUGCAUUCGUUGGAUUGAAAGAGCUCGAAGAGCUUGAUUUAUUGGGUAAUAACAUGACCAGCAUUCAAGAGAACGCAUUUACCUCAAUGCCACGUUUAUCAAAAUUAAAAAUGAACACAAUAGCUCUCCUGUGUGACUGCGGACUGCAGUGGUUGAGCGUAUGGCUGCGCAAUAAUCAUUACAGUGACGCAAAAGUCCAAUGUGGUUACCCCCAUUGGUUGAAAGGCAUGCACUUGACGCAAUUACAGCACGCGAAUUUCACAUGUGACGAAUUUCCAAAGCCCAGAAUAACUGAGGAACCUUCGAGUCAAAUGGGAAUAAAAGGUGGCAAUGUGACGCUGACAUGCAAAGCAACAAGCUCAGCAGACACCCCCUUGCACUUUACCUGGAAGCACGAGAACGUACAAUUGAACAAUGGUCCAGUACACAUCGAAGAAAACUCGAAGGCUACUGAUACGGGAGUUACAGAAGCAGUAUCAAUUCUCCAUUUAGUCAAUGUGAAUCAUGCUAACGCUGGGAAAUACCAGUGUAUGGUGUCAAAUACAUAUGGGACUUCCUACUCAGCAAAAGCCAAAUUAAAUGUUUUGGUUUAUCCAUCAUUCUUGAAAAUUCCUCGUGAUAUCAGAGUUACUGCUGGCAGUACAGCUAGAUUGGAGUGCUCAGCCGAGGGCCAUCCAUCACCCCAGAUUGCCUGGCAAAAAGACGGAGGCAAUGAAUUCCCAGCUGCUAGGGAAAGAAGAAUGCACAUGAUGCCAACAGAUCCUGUUUUAUUUAUCGUCGAUGUGAAGACAGCCGAUAGCGGAGUUUAUUCCUGUACAGCCCAGAAUAUGGCCGGGAUCAUUGUGGCUAAUGCGACCCUGACUAUUCUCGAAACUCCGUCCUUCGUUAAGCCUAUGGAGAACAAGGAGAUUGCUGUUGGAGGAUCUGUUGUGCUGGAGUGCAUGGCAAGUGGCUCACCGAGACCCAAAUUAUCAUGGAGGAAGAAUGGAAGUCCUCUCCAAGCUACUGUCAGGCACUUCUUCACAGCUGAAGAUCAAUUGCUGAUAAUUGUCAGUACUGAGCCUAAUGAUGCUGGCACUUAUGAGUGCGAGAUGAGUAACUCCUUGGGGAGUGUCGUGGGGGCGUCUAGGUUGACUGUUAAACCUGCACCUUCGAGCGUUGUCAACGCGGACGAUGUACUUGGAUUAAUCAUUAUUACUGUUGUCUGCUGUGCUGUGGGCACCUCUAUCGUGUGGGUUGUUAUUAUCUAUCAAACUAGGAGACAUUUGAAUGUAUCUCAUGGUAAUGGGGGAGGACCGGGAUCUGGAACACCGGCUUCCAUUCAGAUUGAUGGGACUACCACGCAAUUGUAUCUUGAUUCGAGUUCACAGCAUAGUAAGGAUAGUGGCACUGGGGACAGCACUAAUCCCAGCAGUGAUCAGUUGCAGCUUUGUCUACCGGAAGAAAUGAGUCGAUGCAUCGUAAACAGUGAAGACGAGCCCGCAGUAACUGGUGCAGAUCCACUCCUACGAUACACAAAUCAUCAACGGCAUAAUGAAACCGACAGUGAGGAUAUGGCUUAGAUCGAAUUGAGAAGAUGCGGGUAAACUCAGAAGAGACUAAGAAAAAAGAAUAAUAGUAUUAAUAGAUUAAUCAUCAGUGGAGGUUCUUUAGAAAAAAAAAAUGGAACGUGUACAUGAUAGCAUCUUUACUGAUAAUCAAUCGAAUAAUUGAUCCAUGGCCUUUGCUGCGUCAUCGAUCAGUCAGUAUUAGGUUUACUGUUAUGAAGAUAUUAGAUAUACAUGAUUAGGUAUUCAUGAAUUUUCUGCAUAGCUUGAUGAUGGGUCAAAGAAGGAAGAAAGGGUUUUAAAAUGUCGUGUAUAAUUUACAUGUAUAUAGAACAAUGUUAUAAUAAGGCGUACUAUAUAACUGCGAGAUGGCCUAAUUGUCAAAUCGAGGAACCUACACACUGGUGACAACAGCCUUGUUUUGUGAUAGAAUAUUUAUUCUAGAAUUUAAGUCGACUUCAUUAUUUAAAGUAUUAUUGUAGAUAUAGUACUGAAUUGACGGUUUUUUUUCAUUUUUAUCAAUCACAUCUUCGCAUCUUCUGUUCAUAUGGGAGACGAUAAGGAAAAUUUGUACAUUGGAAGUUUUUCGAAACAUUUUUAGAUGCAUAAAAUUUGUGUGCAUAAAAAUUAUUUAAUUUCAAUGCUACAGUUUAUUGACAGUUGAAAAUAAUGAAUGUCCAAAGUGUCCUUAUCCUUCACUUUCAUAAUGGUAAUAGUUCAUAGUCUUCCUGAUUGUAAUAAAAACAGUAAAUGCCACGUUUUGAGUGCCCAAGUAAAGAAAAAACGAUCACGAAAAUGGCUAUUGUUGGUUAUAUACAGUAAAUUGCUCAUAAAUCAACACUUUAUUUCUAGUAUUAUUGCAGCACUCUUAAUUUUCGUUUAUCAGACACGUAAGGUUCUUGUUUUUUUUUCUCUUACCUCUUGUUGGCCAUUUAGCAAUUUAUCAUUUAUUUUACUGACCCAGUUUUUUCCCUUAACACUUCUAUUGUAUAUAAUGUGUAUUUUUCGAUAUUGAAGUUUAAAAGUGGUUCAUUGAAUUCGAUAAAUUGAAAAUGAUGCCUUUUCAAUGCCUUUGAACAUACAUAGGAAUUAAAAAUAAUUAGUUAUUUUCGAAUGAUGGAAAAAUUUUAAUACUCAGCGUUUCUACUUGUUUCAUUGAAUAUUUUACAAGAGUGGAGAAUCGUCAAGUUGAAGGAACAACAAGGACAAUAUUUACCCCGAUUAUUAGAAGCGACUUAAUGUUUAUAUAUGAAUUUUGUGUUUUAUAAAUAUUCGAAAGUAAUGGAGUAUGAAGGAGGGAAUAAUAAAACUAUUAUUCAAGAUUAAAAUGUUUAUUUAAUUCAUUCAGCGCACCUGAUCGCCAAAUCAUAAUUGUCAAUCUUACAUUGUAUUUUCUCUGCGUCAAUUUUAAUACAAACAUAUGCAAGAGAUUUAAAAAAAACAUUUAAAAUAAGCUAGGCACAUAUAUCUAUCAUACAUGCUCACUUAGUAUCGCUGAGAGGUCUAACGGCGUCGGCAUUAGCUAAUUGUCUUUCCAAUAUUUAUACAUUAUACAAUAUGACACAUAAAAGAUUUUUUUAUACAUUUGCUAAUGGCAGACGAACUAAAUAAUCUUCUGCCCAAUUAAAAAUUCAUCUAAAUAAACAUAACAUUCUUCGUUGCUUUUCUCUACAAUAGCUGAAAUCAUACUAUAAAAUAUACUAUUUAAAUGGCCGUUGAUGCAUGAAACCCAGUGGAUCGAGGCAUCUCGAAGAAAGAACCAUUAAUUAAUUAUCCCUGAAUAUCACAAAAUUCCUUCGCAUUAGAAGACGAAAAACAAUAGACGGAAAUCUCCGCAUAUCUUAUCGUGAUUUUCAGAUAGUCUCUGUACAAGCGCAACAUUACAUUGUUUUUUGAAAAAUUUCAUCUGUUUUUUUCUCCAUACUACGACUAAAUCCGCUUUACUCUACGUUAAAUCUCAGUUAAUUGGCCAUUGCAGAGAGGAAAAAUUUCCAUAACUCGUGCAGCUUCUUAUCAAGUAUAAUUUGUACGCUGCUGUUAUCAACUUUACAUCGCAACGACACAUCAGUAUUCACAUUAGCGUGGCUCUUCACUUCGAUUCUCAAAAUUGUUCCCCAAAUAUGAAGAAUAAAAAUUACAACUAUAACGUCGUUUUUCAUUAUUCAAGGAAGAGAGUAUGGUCGAACACUCGGUAUUCAGUGGGAUAAGUAGAAAAUAAUAAAAAAAACAA